AUGAAGUAUCGAACAAUUUCCGUCCCGUCGGCCCUGGGGCCGCCUCCGCAGCAGCAGCAGCAGCAGCAGCAGCAGCAGCAGGAGCUGCUGCGGCUGCUCCUGGCUGCUGCUGAUGGCGCUGCACGCUUGCCCGUCUCUUCCCAAGUGCCUGUGCUGCAGGAAGGGUCAGGCGCAGCAGCAGCAGCUGCUGCUGCUGCAGAGGCGCUGCUGCCGUGUACCGACGCCCUAGAGUGGCAGCAGCAGCGGCUGCUGCCCCCACCGCAGCUGCUGCAGCAGCAGCAGCAGCAGCAGCAGCAGCCGAGGACCAAGAGGCCGCAGCACCCCUGCGGGCUCUACUGGCCCAAAGACACGCGCAUUUCUCCUCAUGUUGCUGCUGCUUCUUUGUGUCUGCUGCGGGGGAUUUGUGAGAAGGCAGCAGACGCAGUGGAGGCGCUGCUGUCAACUGAAGCAGCAGCACUGCCGCAGCAGCAGCAGCAGCAGCUGCUGCUGCUGCAGCAGCGGGGGCACGAGCUGCUCGCCCAGGCGCUCUCCAGCUCCUCCUGCUUGUUUGCUGCUCAGACGCUGCGGCGCUGCAUCAUGAGGCCUGCAGCAAUUCACUGUUUUUCGAGUAGAAGCAGCAGCAGCAGCAGCAGCAGCAGCUGCAGCACGACAGGUAGCAGCGCCUUGGCGGCUGCUGCUGCUACCUGCCCAGCAGCAGCCGCCGCGGCGACGCUGCGAGAGGCAGCAGCCGCUGCUGCUGCUGCUGCUGCCGGCGGGGACCACCUGCAGCAGCAGACCUUCAGGUGGGUGUCUCGCGAGCAGCUGCUGCUGCCUGUCUCCCGCUUCCUGCUGCUGCUGCUGCUGGCCUUAUCUGUGCCAGGCCUAGACGCCCAGCCGGGGAUUAGGCCGCUAAUAAAUGAAGUUUCGCGCACGGCGUGUUUGCUGCUGCUGCACGGCAGCAGCAGCAGCAGCAGCGGCAGCAGCAGCUGGCUCGCGAACUGCGCAGCUGUUGCUGCUGCUGCACUGGACCCCACACUAACUGCAGCAGCAGCAGCAGCACAAGCCAUCCGCUACGACUUGAUGCUGCCUCUGGGGGAGCUGGACGCCGUGUCUUUUCUUUCGCGCUGCUGCAGCGGCGGCGCCUUUGAGGCUGCGCUUGCUGCUCCUGCAGCAGCAGCAGCAGCUGCUGCUGCUGCUGCUGCAGCGGGAGGCGCCGCAGUCUUGGUGGCAGCAGCAGGCAAAGCUGCCCUCGAGCUGCUGUCUGCAUGCGCAGACUGUGUGCAGCAGCAGCAAGGCUUUAUUUGCCCGCUGCCGCUAAGAGAGCAGCGGCAGCUGCCAGUGCCGAGGGCGCAGCAGCUAGAUGGGGAUUCUUUGUGUCGGCUUCUUGCUGCAGCAGGUGACCCUCUGGUGCUGCAGCCGCUGCUGGGGGCUGCGAGCCGCUUCCUUGCAGCAGCAGCAGCAGCAGCGGGGCCUCCGGGGCUGCAGCAGGACCUCCUCGGCCUGCCGCAGCAGCAGCAGCAGCAGCAGCAGCAGCAGCAGCAGCCGGAGGCCGCAGCCCCCAGGCUCGACAAACUCAAAGCUGCUGCGCCCCAGCUGCUGGCCGUGCUGCGCUGCGUGGACCACUGGUUAGGAGCAGCAGCAGGAGAUGGUUUGCUGCUGCCUGCGCUGGUGCUGCUGGACACUUGUUUGCUGCCCGCGCUGCUGCAGCUGCUGCGCGCCUGCUGCUGGCUCGAGAGGCGCUGCUGCUGCGCCCCCUUAGCAGCAGCAGCAGCAGAAGCCCCCGACGCGCUGCUGGCAGCAACAGACCUCACUGGCGAAGUAGCAGAAGCAGCAGCAGAAGCGCUGACUAAGGGAGUGUCUCUUCUUGCUGCUCGCAAUUUGCCCACGGACGGCGACAGCAGCAGCAGCAGCAGCAGCAGCAGCAGCAGCGGCAGGCGGCCGCGGGGGCCCGCGCGGCCCGCGCAGCAGUCCGUCGCGCUGCAGCAGCAGCACGACAUGGGGCGCCGGGGCUCCUCUCCCGCUGCGCUGCAGCAGCAGCAGCAGCAGCAGCAGCAGCAGGAAAGCCAAAGACACUCGCUCUGCAUAGUGGAGCGGCUGCUGCUGUUCUCUCACCUGUGCUCGUCGCUGCACCCGGAGCUGGCGGGCAGCAGCAGCGAAGACCCUGCUGCUGCAGCGGCGGCGUUCGCUGCAGCAGCAGCAGCAGCAGCAGCAGCGGGAGACGCGAGACUGUCUGCUGCAGCGCAUGCCUCGCGAGUCCUGGGCUCCCUAGUCACAGCUUUUGCUGCUGAGACCUGCGCUGUGCUGGCCCUGGUGGAAGCAGAAGCAGCAGCAGGAGUUCAAAUGCCUGCUGCAGCCUUUAGGAGGCUUUGCUGCUCGCUGUGCAGCGACGCGCUGUGGCCGCUGCCUCCCGCUGCAGCAGCAGCAGCAGCAGCGGACGGCGGGCAGCGCCUGCAGCAGCAGCAGCAGCAGCGGGCCGCGCUUCCCGCGCGUCAGCAGCAGCACAUGCGAGUGCCCGAACGCCUGCUGCAGAGGCAGCAGCAGCGGGAGGCCCUGACCCGCGUGAGCAGCAGCAAGGAAGCAGCAGUUUGCGCAGCACUGCGCACCGGCGUGCUGCUGCUGCAGCACUGGUUUUGCUGCAGCGCCUGGCCCACCAAGGACAGGUUCUGGCCAGCAGUGGAAGCAGCAGAAAAGAUGGCUCAGGCUGUCCGCACAGUGCAGCAGGCGCUGCGGGCCAGGCAGUCCGCAGCAACAGCAGCAGCAGCAGCAGCAGCAGCGGCGGCAGCGGCUCCCCAGCAGCUGCUGCUGCUGCUGCAGCAGCAGCAAGAACUCACCACUGUCGAAGCAGCGCUCGAGAGAAGCGCAGGCAGCUGGAUGCGAAAGGUCACCUGCAGGCUGGUGGAGGUUUCUGCAUUCCCCGCAAGCCUCAGCAGCAGCAGCAGCAGCAGCAGCAGCAGCAGGAAGGAAGAAGCUGAGGCUUUCCUGGCCCUCAGGUCGGACGUGCGGGGAGCCUUGCGCAACCUUUUUGCCCCCGAGGGCCAGAACGUGUACAGACUGCACGACGGCCUGCUGCCGGACUUGACGACGACCGCGUUGUCGCUGCUGCGUGAGCGUCCCGAAGCAGCAGCAGCAGCAGCAGCAGGACAGCAGCAGCAGCAGCAGUGGGCAGCAUUUGAGUCCGUGCUGCAUGCAAUAUCUGCUGUGGUUCACGCUGCGGACUGGCGGGCCAACGACUCGCUGCAGCAGCUGCUGCUGGGCCUGCUGUCGCCGGUGUCCAGCCUGAGCGCGCCGGCGGGGUCAGGAGCAGCAGCAGCAGCAGCAGCAGCAGCAGCAGCAGGAGCAGCAGCAGGAGUGCCUUGGGUGCUGGGGUCUCACCGCGUGCUGCUGGGCUCCGCGCUGCAGCUGCUGGGCGCGCUGGACUGGUGGCUGCUGGAGCAGCCGCGGCUGCUGCCCACAGUGCUGCUGCUGCUGCAGCAGUCGCUGCUGCUGCCGCAAGCUUCCGACCAGUGCUUCCCCCUUUCUUCUAAAGAAGACCACUUGGGCUGCGUCUCGCUGCUGAAGCUUUGCUUAGCUUCCGAAGCUCCUGGCAUUUGCUGCUGGGCGCAGCCGCUGCAGUCGCCGAUAUCAACUCAGAGUUUCUGCAGCUUGGCUGUGCACUUGGUGGAGGUGGUAGCGGCCAUUCCUGCCAGCAGCAGCAGCAGCAGCAGCAGCAGCAGCAGCGGCAGGGGCGCAGAACCCGAAGACGCCCUCAGCAGGUGGGCAGCAGCACAGAAGCAGCUCUGCAUGCAAAGCAGACACUGCGUUGUUGCUGUUGCAGGAAGACUGCUUGCUGUUUCCUGCCGCAUACACGUGGCGCAGCAGAUGCAGCAGCUCGUGCUGCAGCAGCAGCAGCAGCAGCUGCAGCAGCAGCAGCAGCAGCAGGACCCCUACAUGAUUGUGGGGUUCUUCGUUAGUCGACAUAUGGAAAUUCUGCGGGGCCUCGCAGAGCAGCUGCACGUGCAGCCCCUUGCUGCAGCAGCAGCAACUGCAGCAGCGCGGCCCCAGAAGCAGCUUGUUGCAGCAGCAUGCACGUUCGUGCUGCAGUCUCUGGAAGCUUUUCUUUCUGCAUGUCUGCAGCCGCUUCUAGAGCAGAGUGCAGCAGCAGCAAAACUCAACAGCGGGUUUAGCCUAGGCAGCAUGUGCUGCGGCCGGCGGCCUGCGCCGGUGCGGGCUCUCGGCGGCAGCAGCCGACAGCAGCAGCAGCAGCAGCAGCAACAGCAGCAGCAGCAGCAGCAAUCGCACUGUCCGCUACUUUCCUGCACCAUUUUAAAAAGGUUAGGAUUUUAUAGCGUGCGUCAACGAGCUGCACGGAGGCAGCAGCAGCAGCAGCAGCUUCUCCAACAGCAGCAGCAGCAGCAGCCGGUUUUAGGAAUAGACAGCAAGCUGGACCAAACGAUAGAUGGGAGUGCACCAGCAGCAAAUGCAGCAGCUGCUGCUGCUCUUGCUGCUGCUCAUGGCCUCAUGCGGCUGCUCGUGCUGCACCUCAACGAAUUUGCACAGACACUCCGAACGCUAGUUGCUGCAGCAGCAACACUUGCUGGUGGCAAAAGCGGGCAAAGCCAACAAAUAUCAAGUUUGGUUGCUGCAUUGUCUUCCUUCUUGUCUUUUGGCCUCCACGCGGCGCUGCGCCUUGGGGGAGAUGCUUCAGCAGCAGCAGCAAAAGGCCUCAUUGCUGAGCUGCGGGCGCUGCUGCCGCCUUGCCCGUAG